AUGAACGCCUUUUGCGUUGACUUUCCCGAGACUCCCGUCCCCCAGUCAUUCAGCCGAAGUCGCCCGCAUCCUACGCAAGCCAACAACGACCCACGACCAGCACAUGACGGAGAAACAACUUAUAUGACGACCGCGACCGACGUAUCGUUUGUUGAAAGCCCUCCGGAAUCGACAGCGCCCAGUCUCAAGCGCAGAAUACCCGCGCCGCGCCAGUCCCGUCUGCCAUCAGCACGAGGUAGUUCGACAAGAGGCAGAGCUAAUAGCCGCCGCUCUAGACGGGCCAGUGCUAUUGGAAGACCUCGUGGACGAAUUAUAAGAUAA